AUGAAUACCGCCAUUACCAUUUCAUUCAGCAUUCAUUAUAAAACUAAUUUUGGUGAAGAAUUAUUUCUUAAUCUUGAUGAUUCAACUUGUAGAAAAUUAACUUGGAUGCCAGGUCAUAUUUGGAUGGGAACUGUUACAGUAGUUAGACCAAGAAGUAUUCGUUGGUGGUAUUCAGUAGUAAAAGAUGAUUCAGUUAUACGUAUCGAAGAUAUGACAUACCCACGUACAUAUAGGUUAGAUAAAUUACAUAAAUAUUUUCAUGUUUUUGAUAGGUGGGAAAAUCCUAUCUCUAGUGUAUCUCCAUUAACAUUGUUAGAAAAACCAACUCCAUUAAUUAGUGAUGAUCAACUUAAUCGAAUUCGUUCAAAAAUUUCUGUUAAACCAAAAAAAUCUCCUUAUAUCACAUCAUUCUUAGUACGUAUCCCAAGUUCAAUACGAAGUUGUGCUGAUUGUUAA